AUGGUUCUUCAGCCAUGUUUAUUUAUUUAGGGAAUUUAUUUAUAUAAAGAAAGAAAUGGUUACAUUGGUAGUUGAGAAGCCAACCCAAAAAGUCAAGUAUAUGUUGAGAAAGAUUCACUUUUCUUGUUUUUUAGUCCAUUGAAAAAGAGAAUAACUUGUUGCAUUAUGUUCUCAAAUUCUCAAGAAAAAAGAAAAUUGAAAUGGCGAUGGAUUGGCAGCUAUCUUUUUUCUUCUAUUUUCAUGACAAUGUUUAUGAAUCCUAUUUUUAAGUCCAAAAUUCGCUCCCACUGUUCCCAUCAUCUGCGCCGUGUGUACGAUUUCUUUCAAAGGGUAAUUUUCUUUUUGUCAAACAAUUCUUUCUCAAAUCCUUUUGCACUGUUUUUUUCUUUGCCCAUGUUAAACUUCUGGCUUUUCAUUUUUCUCUUCUCCUAUUGUUCUCGAAAGCCUCUCUGCCGCUUUUCUUAGUCUUUGCCUUUGUUUGCCUGUUUUCUGUCUUUUCUCUAACAAAGCCACACAAGUUUUCCUCUGCAGAGAAUAUGAACAUUCUGUCUCUGAUCACCGAAUUCUAUUAGAAUAUUUGCAUCCAUAAAUCUUGGGAAAAAGCUGCCGGUCUUUCGUCCUUUAUAUUCCUCGCAAGCCACGAAAUUCUAGUAAUGUUCCCUUUUUGACUUCUUGUAGUUCUAUGAAUCUGUGUCAAUGUUUAAGACUUAAGUUCUUCUCCUUAACUUGUCCAUAAUUCACAUUCUUCAAUUGCUCCAAGUCCUCCAAAAUCCUCUUGAUAAACAAUUUUAUAUAUAUAUAUAUAUAUAUAUAUGUUUGAUCUCUUAUCGAGAACGUGAAACAGAAAUUGUUAUGAUCAUUAUGUGCUCGGAAACAAGUCCUCGGGUAUCAUUUUCACAUGAUCUAGGCCAAGCAGAUUUACCAAUCGAACUCAAUGAAUCGCGAAGGGAUACAAUGCUUUUGGAGUCAUGUUCUGAUUUUGAGUUCAACAUUUGCAGCAGCAGCUUUGAGCAAGAAUCUUCUUCAGCAGAUGAGUUAUUUGCAAAUGGAAUGAUAGUUCCGGUCCGGCAUCAUGAGAAGCGACAAGUCCAAAAAUGUGAAGUCCCAGCUUUUGUUUCAUUUCCUCCCCGUCCUAAAUUAUCAACAGCUGAGGAUUCGAAGAAAGAGAGCACGAGGCAGAUUAUGCCUGUGAAGGCUGGUUUGGAAGAAAAGCCACAGUCCAAGUCUUUUUGGGGUUUCAAGAGAAGUAGCAGUCUCAACUGUGAUAUUAAAAAGAGCUUAAUUUUCUCGUUACCACUUCUUUCCAGAAGCAAUUCAACUGGUUCAGCUCUAAAUCCUAAACGUUCAUCAAUAAAGGAUAGUAACAAGCAUAUUUCACAAAAGUUUUCAUCCAUAUCAAUGACAAAGUCAUCAUCACCAUCAUCAUCAUCAUCUUCAUGUUGCAAUGCUUAUCAGUUUCCACAGAAGCCUCCUUUGAAGAAAAACCAUGGGAAUGCUUAUGGUAAUGGUGUUCGAAUUAGUCCUGUCUUGAACGUGCCAACUCCUUACAUAUCUAAAGGAACUGCAAACAUCUUCGGUUUAGGUUCUUUCUUACGCAAUGGGAAAGAUAAGAAGAGCAGGAAAUGAAUUUUCAGUCAAUAAAUUCCUAUCAUCAGAUUAUUGAGAUAAUGUUGAUUCCUUUGCUGAUCCAAGUCAUGCGAGUGAAACGACUUGGUAGAUUUUAUCAGACGAUUAUCUAUCUAAAGAGAGCUUAGUUUUACAGGACAUAUCUUAUGAUCAUUAAAAAUAAAAAAGAGAGGGUUGGAGUAAAGAUUUUGGGAUGUAUGUUCAUGCACAUCUUGAAUAUGUCACAAGCAUAGUAUAGGAGACAGAAAAACAGGUACCAUUCUCUCAUGGUUUGUCGGAUUCUAUUCAUCUCUGUCUCUUUUGGUUAUUUAAAAGAAGCUUUUGGCCAUAGCCUUGCCUUUAUGUUGAUAAAUAGGUGAUUUGGUUGUUUAUCUUUUAUGAAAGAUUUGUUUUGUUUUUCCCUUGAGAGAAAUUAAGACGAAUGCAAAUGGUUUUAAACAAAAACAAAUGUUUAUCUUGUUUGUAUUAGAUUCAGCUAUACUUAAAAUCUAAUCAUGGACCAUUUUUGUUGGGUGCCUUGGCCCCUGUCCCUUUUUCUCUCCGCGAUUUGCCCGCCUGCAACUUCCACCGAAAGCAUUUGUUUGGCAAAUUGUAAGAUUCAGAAACAAAGGCUUUUUACCAUACAGUAAUGAUAUCUUUGCUGGGGGGCACAACCCUCUUUCUCUUCCAUCAUGUUGAAUCACAGAAUUAUUUAUCUGGGAAAAACUCUACUUCUAUGUUCAGAAGCUGAAAAUAACAUAUAAAUUGUAAAUAUGUUGGAGAAUAGCUUUUGUUGAAA